UGACGUGACAAGCGGUAAUGAUGGGAAGUAUUUCAGCAGCGUGUCUCAAAGAUUCAUCACAGUAAGGCAGGAGACGUCUGACAGUGCAACAGUGCUUGUUGUUCGUUCGUAUGGAGUGCUGCUGCAGCUGCUGCUGUUGUUGCUGUUAACUUCUUUGCCAUUCCUGUUUCAAACAUGGGACCAGCAACAGUAAGAUCCCUGCUGCUGACUGCUUGGGCUUUAGUUCACUUAAAAGAUUCUGGUGUGGAGGCUGCUGAAGGCUGUGAAGUGAGAGGUAGAACUUACCCUCUUGGUCAACCAUUCUCUUUUACCAAUGGAUGCUUUGAAUAUUCAUGCGAUUGCAAUCGUGAUGGAUCGUGGAAAUGUCCUUUAGAACGAACACGAAAUACCUGCGUGCAAAACAGAAGAGAUCCUUCGCGAAGGAAAAACCAAAGCAAAGGCUGCAAGGUGAAGGGCCGGUACUAUUCUCUCAACCGUCCUUUUUCAUUCACUGAUGGAUGUUAUAAAUAUCACUGCGUGUGUAAGAAUGACGGAUCCUGGGACUGCCCCGCCGCAAAAACCGUAAAUGUCUGCGACGAAAACACAGAGAAAGAGAGUGUACACGAAAUCAUAACUGAAUUCGGUCAAGAAGGUUGUUUAGUAAAAAAUAAAUACUAUGAACUGGGUGCGCCGUUCUCUUUCGAGGAUGGCUGCUUCCUAUACAAAUGUCAAUGUUUUCUUGAUGGCUCGUGGAACUGUCCAGCGAAGGCAGCUGAGGAUAUAUGUCGAGAUGAAUCCAAACAAAGCCAAAAAAAUUCUACGUUUCAGCUGAAUAUCAGAGGAUGUUCAGUGAAAGGUCAAUAUUAUCCUCUGGGUCAACCUUUUUCUUUUGUUGAUGGCUGUUACAAAUAUCACUGCGACUGCCAAGAAGACGGAGGAUGGGAGUGUCCAGCGACACAAACGGAAAAUAUUUGCCAACAACGCAAAGAGCAGAAAGGUGGAAAGGAAAUCGUUUGGAACUUUUUUAGUGCCACUUUGGUACGUACAGAAGGACUAGAAGUGACUAACUGUCAAGUAGAAGGAAGCCAGUAUCCUUUAGGCCAACCAUUCUAUUACAGAAAUCGAUGUUUCCGUUACAGUUGUCAUUGUGAAUUAGACGGUUCAUGGAACUGUCCUGCCAAAGAUGCAGAGAACUUGUGUCCAGGUCGAAACGUCGAGGAAUACGCUAUAUCCCGUAGUCUGGUUGUGAUUAGCGAUGUGAAAGCUUGUCAUGCUAAAGGUCGCUACUAUACACUCGACCGCCCGUUCUCUUUUGUUGAUGGUUGUUUCCGCUACAAUUGUCAGUGCAAUGAUGACGGGUCCUGGGAAUGUCCAUCGGAGGAAGCAGAAUAUAUUUGCCAGGGAAGUGCGACCACAGAACGACAGAAGCCACAACAUCAAUUUUAUGGCAGAAGCGUGGUUGUUUCCAGUGGAACAAAAGUCAAGUUCUGCGUGACCCAAGGGGUCAGGCAUGCUUUAGGUCAACCGUUCUCUUUCUCUUAUGGCUGCUUCCAGUACAGGUGUGACUGUUUAAUUAACGGCUCCUGGGAAUGUCCUAAAGAACGGGCUCGGUUCAUAUGUCGCUCAGCUCACACAGAAACAGCUAGAAAAACUUAUACGUGGAGCAUGUACAUUGUGAAGACGGAGAACGUAAGAAGCUGUUUAGUCAAUGACGUUGAAUUUCCUCUCGGCAGAACUUUCAACUUCAUUGAAAACUGUUUCAAAUUUCGAUGUAACUGCCAUUCGGAUGGCUCAUGGGAAUGUCCUGCGAAGCGAACAGAAUAUUCUUGUGCCCCUCGACAAGAAGACAAAACUCGAAUGAUAUACUCAACUAAACGAUUAGGAAGCAUUGGAUCCAUAAUCGUGACAUCACAAUCUGAUAUAAGAUAUUGUGUGGUGAAUAACGAGCGCUUUAAUCUUGGAAGACAAUUUUCAUUCACUGAAGGUUGUUUCAAGUACAACUGUAUGUGUUACCAAAAUGGAUCUUGGGAAUGUCCUGGAUCUGACUCCCAAUACAUCUGUGAUCGGGACACACAUUCGUCGAGCAUACCAGUUUCAAGCAAACGAUUCUACGUGAUCUAUCAAACAGAUGUAAACAGCUGUUUUGCAAAUAAUCAAAGAUAUCGUUUAGGAGAUCCAUUCUCUUUUGUUUUGGAUUGUUUCCGUUACAAUUGUCAGUGUUUCUACAAUGCAUCCUGGGAAUGUCCUGCAGAUAGAUCAGAAUAUGUGUGCCGUGAUGAAAGACGACCACAGCCCACAAGACCACCGAGAAAUGAGGGAAACAUUGGAUCCAUAAUAGUGACGUCACAGUCUGAUAUAAGAUAUUGUAUGGUGAAUAACGAGCGCUUUAAUCUUGGAAGACAAUUCUCAUUCACCGAAGGUUGUUUCAAGUACAACUGUAUGUGUUACCAAAAUGGAUCUUGGGAAUGUCCUGGAUCUGACUCCCAAUACAUCUGUGAUCGGGACACACAUUGGACAAGCGUACCAGUUUCAAGCAAAAUAUUCUACGUGAUCCAUCAAACAGAUGUAGAUAGCUGUUUUGCUAAUAACCAAAGAUAUCAUUUAGGAGAUGCAUUCUCUUUUGUUUUGGAUUGUUUCCGUUACAAUUGUCAGUGUUUCAUGAAUGGAUCCUGGGAAUGUCCUGCAGAUAGAUCAGAAUAUGUAUGCCGUGAUGAAAGACAACCACAGCCCACAAGACCACCGAGAAAUGAGGCGUUCUCUUUUGUUUUGGAUUGUUUCCGUUACAAUUGUCAAUGUUUCAUGAAUGGAUCCUGGGAAUGUCCUGCAGAUAGAUCACAAUAUGUGUGCCAAGAUAGAAGACGACCACAGCCCACAAGACCACCGAGAAAUGAGGGAAACAUUGGAUCCAUAAUAGUGACGUCACAAUCUGAUAUAAAAUAUUGUAUGGUGAAUAACGAGCGCUUUAAUCUUGGAAGACAAUUCUCAUUCACCGAAGGUUGUUUCAAGUACAACUGUAUGUGUUACCAAAAUGGAUCUUGGGAAUGUCCUGGAUCUGACUCCCAAUACGUCUGUGAUCGGGACACAGAUUCGUCAAGCGUACCAGUUUCAAGCAGAAGAUUCUACGUGAUCCAUCAAACAGAUGUAAACAACUGUUUUGCUAAUAACCAAGGAUAUCCACUGGGAGAACCAUUCUCUUUUGUUUUGGAUUGUUUCCGUUACAAUUGUCAGUGUUUCCUUAAUGGGUCCUGGGAAUGUCCUGCAGAUAGAUCAGAAUACGUGUGCCGUGAUGAAAGACGACCACAGCCCACAAGACCACCGAGAAAUGAGGGAAACAUUGGAUCCAUAAUAGUGACGUCACAAUCUGAUAUAAAAUAUUGUAUGGUGAAUAACGAGCGCUUUAAUCUUGGAAGACAAUUCUCAUUCACCGAAGGUUGUUUCAAGUACAACUGUAUGUGUUACCAAAAUGGAUCUUGGGAAUGUCCUGGAUCUGACUCCCAAUACAUCUGUGAUCGGGACACAGAUUCGUCAAGCGUACCAGUUUCAAGCAAAAGAUUCUACGUGAUCCAUCAAACAGAUGUAGAUAGCUGUUUUGCUAAUAACCAAAGAUAUCGUUUAGGAGAUGCGUUCUCUUUUGUUUUGGAUUGUUUCCGUUACAAUUGUCAAUGUUUCCUCAAUGGGUCCUGGGAAUGUCCUGCAGAUAGAUCACAAUAUGUGUGCCAAGAUAGAAGACGACCACAGCCCACAAGACCACCGAGAAAUGAGGGAAACAUUGGAUCCGUAAUAGUGACAUCACAAUCUGAAAUAAGAUAUUGUAUGGUGAAUAACGAUCGCUUUAAUCUUGGAAGACGAUUCUCAUUCACCGAAGGGUGUUUCAAGUACAACUGUAUGUGUUACCACAAUGGAUCUUGGGAAUGUCCUGGAUCUGACUCCCAAUACAUCUGUGAUCGGGACACACAUUCGUCAAGCGUACCAGUUUCAAGCAAAAGAUUCUACGUGAUCCAUCAAACAGAUGUAGAUAGCUGCUUUGCCAAUAACCAAAGAUAUCCACUGGGAGAUGCAUUCUCUUUUGUUUUGGAUUGUUUCCGUUACAAUUGUCAUUGUUUCUACAAUGCAUCCUGGGAAUGUCCUGCAGAUAGAUCAGAAUAUGUAUGCCGUGAUGAAAGACCACCACAGCCCACAAGACCGCCAACACAUGAAGUUUUCCAACAGUCAGUCGUAUUAAACAUUGGCCAGACUCUGAGUUCGUGUGUUGUCAAUGGUCAAGAAUAUCCCUUGGAUAAACCAUUUACAUUCACAGACAACUGCUACCGAUAUGUUUGUAAAUGUUAUAGUAAUGGCUCUUGGGAAUGUCCAGGGGAGCGUGCAGAAUAUGCUUGUCCACAGACUUCUACUCAAGAACCAAAGAAAAUACCAAGCCGGAACAUGUAUGUUGUGGUGAACGAGGAUCCAGAAUCAUGUCAUGUGAAGGGAAGGAAAUAUAGCCUUGGCCGUCCUUUCAGCUUUGAAUAUGGUUGUUUCCUGUAUGAAUGCAAUUGUAACACUGAUGGAUCGUGGGAAUGUCUGUCACAGAACAUCAAGAAUAUCUGUGGAAAACCUAGAGAUGAGCAUACUUAUCCCUCAACAAGUCAUCCUAAGAUUUCCCAGCAGAGUGUUGUGGUUAGAACAGUAUCUUCUAUUAAAUAUUGUUCAGUAAACGGUAAUGAAUUCCCGCUGGGAAAAGACUUCACUUUUAUCGAUGGUUGUUUCCGCUAUCAGUGUGAAUGCUAUCACAAUGGCUCGUGGCAGUGUCCUGGAGAUGAUGCUGAAUAUAUCUGUGGGGACCAGUCAAGACAACAUAAAAAGAAAGCAGCUUCCAGCAUCAACUUUUAUGUGAUUGUCAGUGAUGAGAUGAGAAACUGUGAAGUUAAUGGCGAAAGCUAUUCACUUGGCCGAGCAUUUAAUUUCACAAUAGGUUGUUUCGAAUUCAACUGCUUCUGUAACACUGAUGGCUCAUGGGAAUGUCUCGCUGAAGGUAUUGAGUACAUCUGUAACCGUCAUGGACGAGAACGAUCACACCAUUCAAAUAAAUGGCAGCAAGUUUUCCAAAGGAGUGUUGUGGUUAGAGCAGCAGCUUCCAUUCAGCAUUGUUCAGUAAAUGGUAAAGAAUUCUCGCUGGGAGAAGACUUCACUUUUACUGAUGGUUGUUUCCGCUAUCAAUGUGAAUGCUAUCGCAAUGGCUCAUGGCAGUGUCCUGGAGAUGAUGCUGAAUAUAUCUGUGGAGACCAGUUAGCAAAACAGAGAAAGAAAGCAUCAACUCGAACUACAUAUAUUGUGGUCAGCGAUGAUCCAAUGUCAUGUGUGGUAGAAGGGAAGAGAUACGUGCUUGGUCGCCCUUUCAGCUUUGAACGUGGUUGUUUCGAAUACAAUUGUGACUGUAAUACUGAUGGAUCAUGGCAAUGCUCUUCACAAAACAGCGAAUAUAUCUGCGAUCGAGAUGGACAUCGCAAACAAGAACAUACAACAGAAUGUCAUGACUGUGUUGUAAGAGGGAAAAUAAUCUCAAGUGGAAGACGCUUUAGUUUUGAAGAUGGUUGCUUAGAGUUCCACUGUCAUUGUAGAUGUGAUGGUUCUUACUACUGCCCUGCAGCCCAAACAGUUUCCAAGUGUUCGACCUGUCAAAACUGUACAGUCGAUGGUAUGAAGUAUGCUGGUGGGAUUGGUUUUAAACGCCGCAUGGACUGUGAAGCUAUAAGCUGCGUUUGUCAUUGCAAUGGAACAUAUGUUUGCUAUCCAGAACAGACCAUGAAGUUACCAUGUAACACAGACAUUGCCCAUACAGGAACUCCAAAACCUACAAUGCCAAUUCCUUAUACAUUGUCAGGCACACUGAAACCUAUAAAAGGUCCUGACCAUCCUGCUGUUGGCGGAAUUUCUCAGAGUUACUUCUCACCAACUCCACCAUCGUUAGGGACAGUAUCUCCUCCACACAAGGAACGAAAUGAAGUGGACCUGAGUCUCAUUAAUGAGACUGAGAUUCAUCAUGAUAUCGAAGUCAAAGCUGAUUCGUCAAUUGCUAUACAAGGUGCACGUUUAGUCCACAGUAAGACUGAAACUCAACUAAAGUUUGGAAAUGGGACAUUUGCUAUUCAUAAAACACAUUCAAUCGUGAAUAAUGACACAGUUUUAACAGCCAACUCUGAUACUUGCCAAAUAUGUCAUGUCUAUAGUAAGGUCCACAGAGGUAACACACAAUUCCGUUUCGUUGAGGGAUGCUAUGAAUAUCUUUGUAACUGUUACUGUGAUGGUAGCUGGACAUGUCCAGAUAAUCUGAGUGUUAAUACAUGCAAGAAGAAGAAGCUGUCUUGUGUUGUCGAUGGACGUAGUUACAGGUUAAACACAACUUUUAUCAAACAAAUCGACUCUUGUACUGAACAAACCUGCACCUGCAAUAUUGAUGGCAGCUACCAUUGUCUGGCAGACUCUGUUGUAGAUGUUUGCAGGCAAGCACCAGCUUGCCAUUUGUGCAGUGCUCGAGGAAAAAUUAUUCAACCUAACUCUGAUUUCCAACUAAGAGAAGGUUGUUUUAAAUAUAAAUGCCGUUGUAAUUGUGAUGGUAGUUGGAAUUGUCCUAAGGAGACAGCAGUAAAUCUUUGUGAAAGAAAUAAUAAAUGUAUCCGAUGCAAUGCCUAUGGCACCACUGCAGUACCCAACAGUAACUUUGAGUUAGAAAAAGACUGUAUUAGGUAUCAAUGUCGAUGCAACUGUGAUGGCAGCUGGAAUUGUCUGGGUGAAUCAGCAGUUAGGAUUUGUGGUACGAAAUGUAUCAAAUGCAAUGCCAAAGGCACAAUAGCAGAACCAGAUUCUGAUUUUAUUUUGCAACAGGACUGCAUCAAAUAUCAGUGUAGAUGCAACUGUGAUGGAAGCUGGAAUUGUCCAGGAGAGAAAGCCAUAAAUGUAUGCAACAUGGAUGAAAGAACUGGUUGCUAUUAUUGCAAUGUAAAAGGAGAAAGAAAAAGUGGUAAUUCCCAAUUUGAACUGAAAGAAGGUUGCUAUAGAUACCGAUGUAGAUGUAAUUGUGAUGGAGGUUGGAACUGCCCAGGUGAAACUGCAGUUAACGAGUGUCGUUCACAAUGUCAUCAAUGCGAUGUGCGUGGAGUUAAGCAUCAACCAAACACAAGAUUCUCUCUACAAGACGGCUGUAUUAAAUACGAUUGUAUUUGUAACUGUGAUGGAGGUUGGAGGUGUCCGACUGGGGUUGACACAUGUAAUACCGAUCAAGAAACCGGCUGCCAUUAUUGUGACGUCAGAGGUGAAAAGAAAAAAGGGCACACACGUUUUGAACUGGAGGAAAAUUGUUAUAAAUUUCAAUGCGCAUGUAACUGUGAUGGUAGCUGGAAAUGUCCUGCAGCAACAGCUAUAAAUAUAUGUCAACAAAAUAAGACCACAUGCAUAAAUUGUUUAAUAUCUGGAAAAAGUUAUCAAAGCAAUAUUGCAUUUACUCGGGAUGUAGAUUGCUACAGAUAUCGAUGUUUUUGUAACUGUGAUGGAAGCUGGAACUGUCCUGCUGAAAGUGCAGAGUUUAUUUGUGAUGAAUCAUCAAAAGGAAAUUGCCAACAAUGUAAUGCAAAGGGUAAGAUUUAUUCAGGAAAUACAGAAUUUCAACAUGAAGAAAAUUGCUACAGAUAUGAAUGUAAAUGCAAUUGUGAUGGAAGCUGGAAUUGUCCUGCUGAAAACGCAACAUAUAUUUGUGGUGCCAGCACAGGAAAUUGCCAACAGUGUAAUGCAAAGGGUAAGAUUUAUUCAGGAAAUACAGAAUUUCAACAUGAAGAAGAUUGCUACAGGUACGAAUGUAAGUGCAAUUGUGAUGGAAGCUGGAAUUGUCCUGCUGAAAACGCAAAAUAUAUUUGUGAUACCAACAGAGGAAAUUGCCAACAAUGUAAUGCAAAGGGUAGGAUUUAUUCAGGAAAUAAAUUUCAACAUGAAGAAAAUUGCUACAGGUACGAAUGUAAGUGCAAUUGUGAUGGAAGCUGGAAUUGUCCUGCUGAAAACGCAAAAUAUAUUUGUGGUGCCAGCACAGGAAAUUGCCAACAAUGUGAUGCAAAGGGAAAAAUCGUUGAAGGAAAUACAGAAUUUCAACAUGAAGAAAAUUGUUAUAGAUACAAAUGUAAAUGCAAUUGUGAUGGAAGCUGGAAUUGUCCUGCCCAUAAUGCAGAAUAUAUUUGUGGUGCCAGCACAGGAAAUUGCCAACAAUGUAAUGCAAAGGGUAGGAUUUAUUCAGGAAAUACAGAAUUCCAACAUGAAGAGAAUUGUUAUAGAUACAGAUGUAAAUGCAACUGUGAUGGAAGCUGGAAUUGUCCUGCUGAAAGUGUAGAAUAUAUUUGUGGUGGACAUACAGGAAAUUGCCAACAAUGUGAUGCAAAGGGAAAAAUCAUUAAAGGAAAUACAGAAUUUCAACAUGAUGAAAAUUGUUAUAGAUACAAAUGUAAAUGCAAUUGUGAUGGAAGCUGGAAUUGUCCUGCCCAUAAUGCAGAAUAUAUUUGUGGUGACCCCUCAAUUCUUCAAUCUGACAGAUCUUGUGCAACAUGUAGAUUAAGUAAUGAAGUAUAUCAAGGAAACACAGCCUUCAUAGUUAAUAACCGUUGCUAUCAUCAUUUGUGCUACUGUUUCUGCAAUGGAACUUGGAAUUGUCCAAAUGACAAAAGCAUAAACCGUUGUUCAUCUGUGAAUCAAUAUCACUGCCCUGGUGAAAAGAGAAAGUGCUUAGCUAAUGGAGUGAAAUAUUCUCCAGGCAUUAGCUUCUAUCAGGAAGACAACUGUGAGAAACAUUUGUGUACAUGUCAAUGCAAUGGAAGUAUAGACUGCUUUCAAAAAACUGCAAUGCCUAACUGCACAGUUAAUAAGUCACCUCAAUGCAAGGAUUGUAUCAAACAAGGUAAGUUCUAUAGAGGAAACUCUAUGUUCCAUUACCAAUAUGGCUGUUUAAAAUACACAUGCUCUUGUGGUUGUGAUGGCGAAAUAGUGUGCCCCACAGAUAAAACGAUUAACAUUUGCGCUGCGAAUAUAGAUGCUCCAACCCAAUCACCAAGAUGUAGGGAUUGUAGAGUAAACAAUGAAACAUAUAAAGGAAAUACAAGGUUUACUUAUAAACGCAAUUGUAUGCUCUAUCAGUGUACUUGUUCAUGUAAUGGAAAAUGGCAAUGUCCUACAGAGACUGCAGUAGAUACAUGUAAUAAUCAAACACAGGUUACUUUAGCACCACUAAAUAAUACCAACUGCCGAAGCUGCUUUAUCAAGCGUAAUUCUUACAAGGGAAAUACGGUAUUUUACCUAAUUAACGCCUGCUAUCGCUACCGUUGUAAAUGUAGUUGUGACAGUAGCUGGGAAUGUCCAACUGAAACGGCCGUUGACAUUUGUCAUGGAUUACAAGGUCAGUCUGGCAGACAAUGUACCAACUGUAAUGUUAAAGGCCAGUUGUAUAAGGGGGGCGAGGAAUUUGAUUUAUUAGAGGCCUGCUUCAAAUUCAAGUGCUCUUGUGAUUGUGAGGGGAAUUGGAAAUGCCCGUCCCAGCAGCCUGAAAAUGUAUGCACUUACGAAGAACCAUUACGCGAAACCUGUCUGCAAUGUGAAGUAAAAGGCAAAAAAUAUGCAGGUAACCAAUGGUUCACUUAUAGGCAGGGUUGUCGACGCUUCCAGUGUAAAUGUCGUUGUAAUGGUAACUGGCAUUGUCCCAAGCACCUAACGGCUAAUGUUUGCAGUGUAGUUAAAGAUAAAGUGAAGUCUGAUGGUACGUGCAGAAGCUGCGUUGUGCGAGGAAAUAAAUAUGCUGGAGAUAGUUUCUUCUCUUUCGAUCGAAACUGUUUGCGCUUCCGCUGUUCAUGCAAUUGUGACGGCACAUGGAACUGUCUUGCCGGGCCUGCCAUUCAUAUUUGCUCAAGAAGGCGUUUAAUUGGUUUCUGCAAAAAAUGUCACCUUGGAGAAAAAGUUAUUGAGGGCAACUCAACUUUUGAAUAUGAUUUCGGUUGUACUAGGUAUCAAUGUAGGUGUUUCUGUGAUGGUAAAUUUUUCUGCCCAGGAGAUCGAACGCAACCAAUAUGUGGUAACGAUUCUCUUCCAGACACCGGUGUUGAAAGUACAAAACCUUCAAACGUUUGCCAAAAUUGCACCGUAAAUGAUAAAUCUGUUCUUGGCAAUAGUAAUUUCCGCUAUACCCUAAACUGCUUUCAGUAUGAAUGUAACUGCGGUUGUGAUGGAACCUGGGCGUGUCCCCCUGAAAGAUCUAUAAACAUAUGUGGCAAAAGUGAACUCACAGAUUGCAACCAAUGUAUCUUAAAUGGGUAUCACUAUCAGGGUAACAGCCAGUUUAAACGUCAAGUUAACUGUUUUGAAUACACAUGUACAUGUUACUGUAAUGGGUCGUGGGUGUGCCCUGCUGAAAAGGCACGCUACAUCUGCGGAGACCAAUGCAAAAACUGUUUAGUGAAUGGUUCUGUUUAUCGGGGAGAAAGUUCAAAGGUCAUUCAGAAAGGAUGUAAGAAAAUGGAAUGUUUUUGCUCAUGCAAUGGUUCCUGGUCAUGUGAAGUUCUAAGUGAUACAUGCAUCCCCCCAUCUAGGGUACGGGUGCCGCAGGGAAGAUGUAAACCCUGUUCACUGCACGGAAAAAUUUACGCAGGAAACACUUGGUCUAGUAGAAUUGAAGGCUGUUUGGAACUUAAUUGUAAGUGCAACUGCAAUGGACGCUGGACUUGCAAAGAUGAUAACACUAAAAACCUAUGUAAUAGUAAUUCUACAACAGAAUCUCCUUCUCCUCCUCCUCAUCCUCCUCCUUCCACAACAGUUUUAACCAACACUCAUGAUGCACGCUUUAUAGGUUGUAAAGUGAAUGGCACCAUGUAUUACACAGAACACUUCAGCUUUAUUCAUAAAUGUGUCUUGUAUAAUUGUUCAUGUAAGAAUGGUAAACAUACUUGUCCAUCUGAGCUAAGCAGUAAGAUUUGUUGAGAUUUGAAAGACUAAAGAAGAAAAUACAAAGAACUUAACAAAUGUGACUGACUUGGCAUCAAGUCGUUAACUGAAAAUGUCAUUAUUUGAAAAAUAUGGACAAAAUAAGAAAAUCACAAAGAAAAAUGAAAAGCAUUUCAUCAUUAAUCAUCCUUUGAAAAAACAAAAACAAAACAAAAUCAGUUUAAAAAAUAUAAAAUGACAAAUAUUAAUUUGAUUUGAAACAUUCCCACGUUUUCAAAUGGUAAUUAAAUAAAUAAAAUUAAGAAAACA